GGACGAGCUAGGUCCGCAACGAAGUCAGUUUCAUAUUGCAUGUCCACCAGCUCACUGGGGCUCUAUCUGCGCCUGUGUCCCAAAUGUAAACAGACUUCACCACUGUGACUCAGAGGGAGAUUGUCCAGGACCAAAACAAGGCUCUGCAGAGAUAGUGUCAGAAGGAGCUUGCCUAGCCAGAUUACAGCUAAUGCUAGUUGGCUAAUGUGAACUUCCUCGGCUACUGUGUGUUAGCCUGCUAGCUGCUUGCAAAGGUAACGAGGAGAUAACUUGUCAGAAACUUCUGGAAACGUUUGGUUAGCAUGGUGGAUGAUCACCAAAAUAUAUGUAAAACACGAAGUAGUGAAAGUGCUCUACUAAUGACGGACCAAGAGGAGAAUAUGGACGUGUCUGACAGCUACGACAGUCCGUCACCAGCGAAGAAGAAUGGACAAACCUCGUUGCUGGACAGCGGGGAAGAUUUUGAGGUCUUAGAUGAAGAAGACAUUGACGACGAUCCCCCUCCUCUAGAAGAUGCUGGAGGUGGGAAGGAAAAACCCGCAGAUGAGUCUGAAAAGGAAAAUACUGACACAGACCCUCCAGCUCCUGUGGACGAAUGGCUGGACGUAUUAGGUAACGACCAGCUAAAGAAAAAAGUCUUGGAGGCAGGAGAAGGGAGAGACAGUCGACCACAGAAAGGACAGAAUGUAAAAGUCCAUCUUAAAACAUGCCUGAAAGACGGGACCCUUGUAAAAGAGCAGUCAGAUCUCUCAUUUACUCUUGGAGAUGGAGAUGUCAUUCAGGCUCUGGAUCUCACAGUGCAGCUCAUGGAGCUGGGAGAGAAGGCCUUGAUACAUGCUGAUGCAAAAUACGCAUAUGGUGAUCGGGGGAGUUUGGAACCUGAGGUUCCUCCGAGCGCAGAGCUAUCCCUAGAAGUGGAGCUAAAGGAAGCUACUGAUGCUCCGGACCUGGAAAUGCUGCCCCCUGCAGAAAAGAUUGCCCUAGCCAGCCAUAAGAGAGAGAGAGGCAACGUUCACUAUCAGCGUGCAGAUUAUGCUUUUGCUGUCAACUCAUAUAGCAUUGCUCUACAGAUAGCAGAGUCCAGCUCUAAAGUUGACAUCAGUCCUGAGGAGGAGAAUGAGCUGAUGGAUGUAAAAGUGAAAUGUUUAAACAACAUGGCCGCCUCUCAGCUGAAACUUGACCACCACGAUGCAGCACUUAAGUCUUGUGUCUCAGCUCUGGCACACCAGCCAGAAAACAUAAAAGCGCUUUUCCGCAUGGGCAAGGUACUAGCCUUGCAAGGGGAAUACUCAGAAGCCACUAAAACAUUGAGGAAGGCUCUCAAGUUGGAACCCAGCAACAAGACAAUCCAUGCAGAGCUCUCCAAGCUGGUGAAGAAGAACUCAGAGCAGAGAGGAGCAGAGCAGGCCUUGUAUAAAAAGAUGCUGGGUAACCCCACCACUAGCGGCACACAAAAACACAGGGCCAAGUCUUCAUGGAGUCUCAGCUGGAAGUGGCUGUUCGGUGCCACAGCUGUAGCCAUCGGUGGUGUAGCACUAUCUGUCGUCAUCGCUGCUAGAAAUUAACCAAACGCUGGUGGCCUGACCAAGACCCGACGAUAUGAGAGCAGAAACACAGAAGCACAUCAGGCAGCUGAAAAGGGGGUAAAAAAAAGUCAAGUGGUCAGAUGCUUCUCCUCUGUCACUCUCUUUUCUCUGCUAUGUUUGAGAACUUUAUGUGACAAAUAAUAAAAACACAUCAAUAUUUGCAUCAGGACACUAUUUCUAACCGUAUGAAUAUCAGAUUUAUGCCUACUUGUCAGAUUGUGUUAGUCUUUCAUGGUUAAUGUUCAUAAUUUGAAUUAGAUGAAAAAUGAUUUACCUUGCAUUCAAAUGGGAGUUAUUUAAAGAUUGUUUUGUCUCUUCAAAAUGGCUAUUGUUUUAAGGUCCUACAUUAUGUUGGAGUUCAAAAACAUCCGAUUUUGCAGUUAAUUUAUAAUUUUCCAUUCAAGAGAAAAUAUGUCUUUCAUUCCUCAUUUCAUGACAAUGUUUUAUGCUUACUGGUCGAAUAAAAUCAUGCACUGUUAUUUCUGCUCAAGUGCCAGCUAUAUCACACCCUCUCUGCAGCCUUUACAUAUUCACCAGAGAAAUAAUGCAAUGCAACAGUCACAUUUUAAUUAUUGUAACCAGAGCUGUUAAUGUGCUGAGUCAGUUUCAUGGUGCCUAUUGAGGCUGGUGUAUAGUGUAAUGUCGUAUUGAAAGGUUUCCUCAAAAUAUGUUUUUACUUUGUGAACAUUAAGAAAGACAUCAGUGCUGCUGCCUCAAAAAGUAGUGCCAGUCUGAUAGAAACAGUCAUAACAAAGCUGACUCAUACUUUUACCUGACUGUGUGUGUUGCAUUGCCACACAAAGCUGAGAGGGUCUGAUUUUCCUGGUAUGUUGUAAAUACACAUAUACAUAUACAGCUAGUUUCUAGACAGAGGUACAGUUACCUCUAGACAAUUACAAAGAAUGGUACAUUAGUUUGUUUAUUAAUGUGGCCAAAAUAAUACUGAAGGAUAGCUUAUUUGUAUUGUUCAGUUUUAGUCAGUUAUACCUCAAUUGUUUACUAUUAAGACCAAAUGUUGAAGGAGGACCAAUCAGGUACAACCUCUGGUGUGUAAUUUUUGAUUUUCUUCUGUACUCUUCCACCUAUGUAAUUUCCUUUCACUUAUGUUCCCUUAGGUGUGUAUUUAUUUCAUUGUUUUUGAUUAUUGCUUUCUGAAAUACUGUUAAAAUGACAACCAAAUUUCCUCUGCUACUUUGGAGUAGAUGUAAGGUCCACAGAGACAGAAGUUGCUUUAUCUCUUUGCAGUUUGUGACAGUGUUCUGCAAUGCUCUUAGCAUUCCCUGCUUUGAUACAUUUUUAUUCGUCACAAUAAAGUAUAUGUUAUGAAACUACA